AUGGCCUCCCUCAUCCUGCGAAGGAUGCAUGGGGCUCUUCCCAGGGCGGCGCCCUGGGUCACCAGCGGGGCGGCGCUGCUCAUCGGGUGCAAUCUGAGAAGAGCACGCCCUGGGCGCUGGCGUUGGUGUCUUGGAGGUCGCCGUGUCGUCAGUUGGCGGCAUGACGACGCCCUUGGAGGGCCCCGCACCGCCUGCGGGGGGUCCGACUCCGUCUCUGGGGCCGGCGUCGCGCGGCUCGUCGCUCGUCGUACAAACGCCGCCGCCCGCCGGGCCUGGACUACCAGGGCGAUGUGGGUGUUCACGGGCCACGCCACAGGACACCUCCUGAUUUCCACGCGGCGACCGCGUUCCCGCCCGUGCCGUGGCCGUGCCGCAUCCACGCCGCCUCGCCACCGACAUCCUCUUCCCCGCGGCCGGUGCUCCCGGCGUUACCCAGCUGUCAAUCCCCCACCGACGACGAAAGGAAAAUCCCCUCUCUCUGUCUCACUGCCUCACGGGCCCCGCUCCCUGGCCCAACCUGUCAGUCCCUCGUGUCUCCAAACACACACCAGGAUCAUUAGAUUCGAAACAGAUCUCAAGAUCACCUCCCCCCGUUUGCCAUCUUUAGUACUUUCAGCCCCACCUCGCCUCCCUCCAUCCCCCUCCAUUAAAGCCCGCGCCCUCCUCCUCCGCUCCAUUCCCCUCGCCACCGCCCAGAUCCAGACCAUGACGGUGCCGCCGUCGCCGGAGCCGUUCCGCGUCUUCGUCGGGUACGACCCGAAGGAGCACGAGGCCUACGAGGUGUGUCGCCGCAGCCUGAUCCGCCACGCCACCGUGCCGCUCGACGUGCGCCCCAUCCGGCAGCCGGACCUCCGCGCGUCGGGGCUCUACUGGCGCACGCGGGGUCACAUGGAGAGCACUGAGUUCUCCUUCACCCGCUUCCUCACCCCCUUCCUCGCCGGCUACCGCGGCUGGGCGCUCUUCAUCGACUGCGACUUCCUCUACCUCGCCGACGUCGCCGAGCUCAUCGCCUCCGCCGUGCCCUCGGACGCUGCCGCCGCCAAGCGCCUCGCCGUCGUCUGCGUCAAGCACGAGUACAAGCCCCUCGAGGCCACCAAGAUGGACGGCGCCAUGCAGACCGUGUACCCGCGCAAGAACUGGUCCUCCAUGGUGCUCUACAACUGCGCCCACCCCAAGAACGUCGCCGCGCUCACCCCGGACGCCGUCAGCACCAAGACCGGCGCCUUCCUCCACCGAUUCUCCUGGCUCGACGACGACGAGAUCGGGGAGGUGCCCUUCGUCUGGAACUUCCUCGUCGGCCACAACAGGGUCGACCCUGACGACCCGGCCACGCAGCCCAAGGCCCUGCACUACACCUGCGGGGGACCCUGGUUCGACAGGUACAGGGACUGCGAGUUCGCCGACCUCUGGAUCAAGGAGGCCGAGGAGCUCAGGGCGGAGAAGGAGAAGCGCAGAGCCGAGAAGGAGAGGCUCGAGCUCGAGGACGACGAGGACGACGAGGGGAAUUGAUGGAUGAUGGGGCCGGCCAACAAGUUCACUGCAUUGCAUUGGUUCUUUUGCGCCGUGGGAAUUCUUUCGAUUCAAUCUGUUUGUUAUGCUGGUUUCUUGGUAUAGGUGGUAGGGGAGGCCAGAGUAGAAUAGCUCGAGUAUAUUGGUUUAGUAUGCUCUUGUGUGGUAGCUGCAAUCGAUCUAUGAAUGAACCAGUCCUCAUUGCCAAGAGAUUUUAUCCUUUGGCCUUGCCCCUAUCAGUUCUGCUGCUCUUGUUUCUGAUCACACCAUACUUGCUGAAUUAAUAAUCCUUGGCUAGCUGA